AUGGCCACCCCUCAAACUCGCCCAUAUAGGCGCAUCCUGACAUCGGCAUUGCACCGCCGGUUCGUCCAUGCAUCUGCGUUGUCCCUUCUGGUCUCAUAUGUCGUGGCAAUUGCAAUCGGCGACAAAUCAUCCUUUUUCUGGUCAUGGUUCCCCAUCGGCGCUUGUGGAAUCCGUGCGGUUCUACUCUUCGUUACGUCUCUCGUCGUCUUCGUCCUGCGCGUCGGCCAACUGCACCUUGGCUCCCGAACGACGAUAUCCUCGAUCGCAACCUUUAGGUAUCUCUUCCCCCUUCAGGUUGCUCAGACAUUCGGAUGGUAUAUCUUUUCGGCUUGGUGGUUCACUGAGAUUUACCUGUGGUCGUCCUCCGCCGAUGCGCACCUGGAGAUGGUCAAACGGGGCAAACUACAUGAGCGGCCAAGUCUCAAUGAGCGCCCUAUCUACAUCCAUACCUUCCAUUUACUCCUGGCAUGCUGGCAGGCCGUGGUCCACCUGGCCAAUGAUUACGACCGAGUUCCAAUCCCCACCGUGAAGCCAGCUUGCGAUGCGCCCGAUGUGCGGACACACCCUGUUCCUCCAACUUCAAAACACAUUCAGGCCCUGUUGCCCCAGACACUCAUUGAUGGUUUCACACAAACCGUUUGGGUCGCGGUUGUUACGCCCCUCGUGUACCAAUUCGUGCUUCGACAGACCGCGUGGGGCUGGGCUUUGUACUUUGCCAAGCUCUUCUGGAACUUCCCGAGAUCAUCCGCGGAGCCUGCUUCGAUUAUUCCUCCUGGUUUCUUCUUCCUGAUCGCUCGCUCUAUCUUCUCUGGAUCUCUCCUCGUGCUCUGUUGGCAGGCAGCUAACCUGUUCUUCUCCAUCUUCAUUGGCAAGGAGCCUCUGAAGCGUGGCCAGCCGCUCACAGCGGAGGCUAAGGACCCCAAUGGCAGCUUGAUCACCGGACUGAAGGCCAAGAAGGAGGCUGUUCAAUCUUUUGCUUUCUGGGAACUUGGUCUCAUUAGCCAGCGCUUGCCCGAGCGCCGCAAAGCUAUCUUCAAUGAGAUUGAUCGAGACGGUGGCUCUACUUGGUCGCAGAUACUGGCCUGUACGACGGAUGUAAUCAAGGGCAUUACCACACGUAUUGAAGCAAGCAAGGCUCCUGCUCCCGGUGCUAAGCCCGCAGUCCCAGCAGAUGACCCUCAGCCCGUUCUCCAGACUCUGCCACGGUUGACCGAGGCGGCCAAAACCGACAACGUUUUUGCUGCUUCGCCACAGGCAAGCUCGCGUCAGCAGAAAUUUGGCGAAGCUUUCAGCUCAACAGCCAAAUCAUAUGGACAGUCCGCAGACUGGACACCCAAAGCACGAGCCCGCGCUCGUCAAGUUUUGGACCAAGCCUCGUCAGCAAUGUUUAGCCCUGAGCGGAAACAAAGGUUCCUUGCCGCCGGAGAGGACUUGAAGCUGCUCACAGGAGGCCCGUCCUCCACAUACAAACCGGAGAACAUCAACCCAACCAUCGCCCAGGUGCUCCGUUCACCCGUCGGUCAGCUUUUCCAGCAAACCUUUGCCCAGCGGGCGUCAAGCAUCGUCCUCGGCUCCCCGGAUUCAUCUCUAAGCCCAAUUGUCGACGCCGUUGACUCGUUAGCCCGCCUCCUCAUCGCCAGUCUGGCAGAGGACCAGUACGGUAAAGUCCAGGCCGAUGUGCCUGAUGUGGUCCGUCUAUUCACACGAACUAUCAUGACUGUAGAUGCAUUUGUGCACCAGGGUGGUCUUGAUGCGCACUGGACAGACGUCAACUUCCCAUCUUCUAAGGACCCCGAGGCGCAGGCUGUAGCCCGCCGGGUCCCGGAGGUCGAGCUUGUUCUUGAUGCCCUUAAGUGUAGCCUUCGCGACUUGCUGUCCUCCUUCAAGCCAUACCUGCGCGAUAUCGGUGUUGUGGGUAAGGACCUCAGACUGGCCAAAGAGGCAGCUGGUGUAAACGAGGAGGGGUCUUCAUGA